ACAUAAACCUGUAAACCUCUAUAGUCCAGAUUUUUAAUUAAAAAUGUUUAAAUUUCUGGUUUUAGCUGCACUUUGUGUGUCUGUCACUUUAGGACAAGUAACAAGUGAUGUCGGUCCAAGAUGUGAAGGGUUUGAAUGCCCAAAUGAUGACGCCGAGGGUGGAUUAUUCACAAACGGUGUAUGCACUGGAGAAUUUUGUGAUUGCAGCUACGGGAUACCCUAUCUUAUUAACUUCGAGGAAGGACUAGUGUUUAAUGAGGAUCUGCAGGUCUGUGAUUGGCCCUUCAAUGUUGAAGGCUGCGAAGAAAAAAAUUAAUUAAGCUCGCUUUAAUCAUUGAAAUAUGAAAAUAAAAUAUUUAAUCUUUUAA